GAGAAGGAAGAGGCAGGGUUGGCGGCAGGAGCAGCAGCAGGAGCGGAAGGGCCGGGAAGCGGCCGUUCACAGGACGGUGGUCGCCCGUCGGGAAGAUGAGCGCCACCAAGGAGUCCAAACCCGAGCACGGCCACGGCGUGAAGCGGCCGGCCUCCCCUGAUGUUGGAGCUGGUAGCUGGGAGGCAGCUGACUUGGGUAAUGAGGAAAGGAAACAAAAGUUCCUGAGGUUGAUGGGUGCUGGAAAGAAAGAACACACCGGACGCCUUGUUAUUGGAGACCAUCGAUCAACUUCUCAUUUUAGAACAGGGGAAGAAGAUAAGAAAAUGAAUGAUGAGCUGGAGACUCAGUUUCAACAGAGUAUGGAUAGCACCAUGUCAGGAAGGAAUCGACGGCAUUGUGGGCUUGGUUUCAGUGAGCUGGACGAGGAUAAAGAAGAAGCACCAGAGGAGGAGGUGCAAGAUUCCUCGGGGUCAGAAAGUUCAGAAGACUCUGAAAGCGAUUCUGACUCUGAGCAAGACGAAGUUGCCGAAGACCCACCAUCUGCUGAAAAACACAGCAACUCGGAAGACCCGCAAGCCAAGAAAGAUGCAAAGAGCGGCUAUAAAAUGAUGUUUGUUAAAUCCAGCGGCACUUAGCUGCAGAGUGUAGGCAGAGUAAGCCUUCUGGUUACAGUGCAAAGUCUUGGACUGCUUACAGCACAGAUCUUCCCUUGGUGGUUUUAAUAAGGCCUUUUAGAGAAAGAGGAGUGUUUGCAUUUGCAGCACCACACCAAGAAGCUAUUUUUCUCAGCAUGACUGCCCAUUUUGUUUUGUAAGAUAUGAAAAUAAAAUUGAGUGGGGGAUGUACGUAGUUCUCUCAACCUGCCUUUAGAUUCUUCUUCUCUCUUCGUAUUCCAUGAAGGCUAUUGAAUUUUUCUUAAGUUUGUUAAAUGACCUAUUGAAAUGGUAUUUAAUGUCUUUACAGGUGCUUUAUUUUUUAAAGCAGUUUUUGCUGGGGUUUUGGAUGGUAUAAUUAUUAAAAAGUAAGAACGGGAGCUUCUUUUGUCCUGCUUGUCAUCCAAAAGAAACCGUGUGUUAGGAUAUGUGCUGCAUUACAUUUUGCAACGUUGUACAUCUGCUGGAUGCAUUUGUAUGAAUGAACUGAUUUCAAGAUUAUGCCUAGACAAGGAAUGGCAGAGCAGUCUUUUAAUAAAGAGAGGAAUCUCUUCAAAGGGCAUUAUGGGUAAAUUGUGUUAUGCCUAUACAGAAACCCUAAAUAGGCAUCUUAAUAAAGAAAAAAAUAACAAAAUAUUUUUUUUUCUUUUCACUUGAAAAGAAAAUCUUAACUAUUGUAAGUUACCCCAUUUUUCUCAGAAUGCAUUAAUUAGCACAUUCAUUGAAGUCCAUUAAUAUGGUUUAUCCAAAAAAAAACAUAACAAAGCAUAUGUAUUAAAGUAUGUGCCUGUGUGUGUGUGUGGAUUGGUUGGUUACAACAAUUUCCUCCAAACUGAUGCUCUUCAAAUAUUGUGGGGCUGUUCUAUAUCUAGAAGAUGUUUGGUUAAAAAAGCUAGGCUAUAGCAUUUGUACUCCUUUUACUAUGAUUUACGUAGUAAAUAUAUUUUUUCAUAAUA